CGGAGUGCUGGGAACCUGCAGAGCUGGCGCUCCAGUCCCUCGGUUUAUUUGCUUCUCAGGUGGUAGCUGGCAGGCCGAUCCAUGCAGCUCCCUGCCCGACAGAGCCCCGUGCCUGCUGCCGCUCCUUGCUUCAUGCUGCCUCCGCCAGCCUGCCGCCUGUAAUAUGCUCACUCGGAUGAAAUCCGCCGUGGCCAAUUUCAUGGGAGGAAUCAUGGCUGGCAGCGCCGGAUCUGAUCAUGCCAACGGCUCGGAGUUGCCUAUGAGGUUUCCUUAUGGCAGACCUGAGUUCCUGGGACUGUCGCAGGACGAGAUCGAGUGUUCGGCCGACCAUAUCGCCAGACCGAUUCUCAUCCUGAAGGAGACCAAGAGGCUGCCGUGGAGCACGGGCUACGCAGAGGUGAUAAAUGCAGGGAAGAGCACACACAAUGAAGAUCAGGCAAGCUGUGAAGUUAUGUUUGUGAAGAAGAAAAUUGGAGCACAAUCCACUCCCAGCAAGACCUCCUCAAACAAGAGAAGAUCAUCCCUACAAAAUGGAGAAGGCCUACAACUGAAGGAAAAUAUGGAAGCUGAUGGAAUCGCAUUUCAGUACUGGGCAUUGUUUGAUGGGCAUGCAGGAGCUGGAGCUGCUGUUGUAGCAUCUAAGCUUCUUCAUCAUCACAUCGUGGAACAACUACAGGACAUUGUAGACAUCUUGAAGAAUUCAGCAAUUUUACCUCCCACCUGUCUAGGAGAAGUUCCAGAAACAACAUCUACCAAUAAUAGGACUCUAACUAGAGCUGCGUCAUUACGUGGAGCUGCUGGUGCCCCAGGUUCUCCAAGCACGCCUCAAACGCGAUUUUUUACAGAGAAAAAAGUUCCACAUGAGUGUCUUGUCAUUGGCGCUCUUGAAAAUGCAUUUAAGGAAAUGGAUCUGCAAAUUGAGCGAGAAAGGAGCGUUUACAAUAUCUCUGGAGGCUGCACGGCCCUUAUUGUUGUAUACUUACUGGGGAAAAUUUAUGUCACCAAUGCCGGUGACAGCAGGGCUAUAAUUAUUCGAAAUGGAGAAAUCAUUCCUAUGUCUUCAGAGUUUACACCAGAAACAGAGCGUCAGAGACUUCAGUACCUAGCUUUUCUGCAGCCACAUCUACUUGGAGAUGAGUUCACACAUUUAGAGUUUCCAAGGAGAGUGCAACGUAAGGAACUGGGAAAGAUGAUGCUCUACAGGGACUUUAAUAUGACCGGCUGGGCUUACAAGACAAUUGUGGAGGAAGAUUUAAAGUUUCCUUUAAUAUAUGGCGAAGGGAAAAAGGCCCGUGUAAUGGCAACAAUUGGUGUAACCAGAGGACUCGGUGAUCAUGAUUUGAAAGUCCACGAUUCCAAUAUUUAUAUUAAACCAUUUCUGUCUUCAAUUCCUGAGGUACGAGUUUAUGAUCUUUUGCAAUAUGAACAUGGUGCAGAUGAUGUGCUGGUUUUGGCCACAGAUGGCCUCUGGGAUGUCUUAUUAAAUGAAGAAGUGUCUGAAGCCGUUACAAAUUUUCUGGCUUGCUGCGAUCCAGAUGACCCUCAAAGGUACACGCUAGCUGCUCAGGAUCUGGUGAUGCGUGCUAGAGGUGUCCUGAAAGACAGAGGUUGGAGGAUAUCAAAUGACAGGCUGGGCUCAGGAGAUGACAUCUCUGUGUACGUCAUCCCAUUGAUACACAGCAAUAAACUGACAUGAAGGAAUCGGCUACAAGUGCAGGGAAUGUUAUGUUAUUAUGUACUGUUAACAUGUUGUCAAUAUCACUACUGAAAUAAGGCAUUGCACAAUCACCUUAUUGUGCAUUUGGACCUCAGAGCAUAUGUAAUGCUGCUAAUGUGUUAUGUCUUGUGUUGUACUCUAAGGGUACGUCCAAAUGUGGAUUUUCCACUGCAGAAUUGUGACUUUUAGUAGCAUCUUACAGUAGCAGCGAAGUGGAUGAGAUUGCAAAAAAAAAUAAAAAUAAUAAAUCUCAUCCACGUGCCACAAAUCUCAGGUGGAAAGUGAUGUGCGGAUGGAUUUUAAGUGUGCACCAUGUAAAUUUAUGCUGCCGAUUUCCACCAUUAGAUUUCACCCUUUGCAAAGCUUAGGGUGAAAUUUGCUAUAUAAUGUGCAAGAAAUCCGCAUCAUGGGAAAAUCCACUGCAGAAUUUGUAUUGCUCUGUCACUGUACCCUAAAGCUACCUGCACACGUUGCAGAUUACGCAUGUUUUUUUCUGCGCAGAUUCUCAUGUAGAAAAAAAUACAGAACCAGCAAUGUGAAUAAGAUUAGACAAAUCUCAUGUACGCUUUGCUUUCUUCUUCCGUGCGGAAGUUGACCUGCUGUGUGGAUUUUGAAAUCCACAGCAUGUCAAUUGUGCAAUUUUACCCUUUUCAAUGGAAGGGUGAGAUCUGUGGAAAAACCGCAUCAAAUCCGCAACAAAAUCCACAGGUAACAUAUGCAGAUUUUGUGCGGAAACGCACAGGAAUUAAUGCGGAAUUUCUGCUAGUCUACCUGCACCCGUGUACAGGUAGUCUUAGGGUGUUUUGACACACGUAGUCAGAGCCAUAAGUGGAUUAAACAAAAUGAGAAAAAAAAGCUAAUAUUUAUUCUCCCACUGGAUCCAUCUCCAGCAUUGGCUCAAAAAGCUGUAUCAAAAAUUGCAGUGGCUUUUUUCCCCAAAAAAUAAUGUGUGAAACCAGCAUAAAGAUCAAAACCUUGUUUUAGUUUCCUUAUGCUGCCACAUAAUUUUUAACAUUAAAAUACUGUCAGUUAAAUUAAAUAUUUCCCAAUGCCAGCAACUGUACUAAACUAACAAACUAAGUGAUACUUUUUCUUUCCUGGCGAUGUCUGCUCUCUUUACUGCAGCAGUGACAUCCCGUUGACUGCAGCCAAUCACCAGUAAUUGGAUGCACAGUGACCUGGUGUAUGAGAGACCACCGCUGCAGCCGGGAAGAUGGCGUUAGUGCUGCAGGAGUGGAGUGCAAUGCUGGAAGCAGCAGGGAGGAAAGUUUAUAUUAGUACAUUUACUUAGUCUGGGAAACAUUAAAGGGAUAUUCCCAUCUGAGACAAUGGUGGCAUAUCGCUAGGAUAUGCCCCCAUUGUCUGAUCGAGAACGUGGCCUGCAAAGUGGUGGCUGGAAGACCCCAGGUUUCCCCAGUCCGGCCACCACCAAUUGCUCUCCCCAUAGAUAUGAAUGGGAGCGCGCCACGCUUGCGCGGCCUCCGCUCCCAUUCAUUUCUAUGGGGCCGAUGGAAAUAGCCUUUUUUCAGCGGCCCCAUAGAACUGGAUGGAGGGUAGCUGCUCAUGCACGGUGCGCCCUGCUUCACUUUGCCGGCUGCAUUUACGAAAUAGGUGCAAGGUCCCAGAGGUGGGAUCCUCACUUAUCAGACAAUGGGGGCAUAUCUUCAACAUUUGGAUGGUGAAGUGUAUGAGGUUAAUCCAUCUAGACAUCUCCUACAAGUGUACCUUUACUUAUAAAUCGGCAUUUACCAGGUGCUUUUAGACUUGGUUUCUGUAUGUUUUUAACAGGAUUGCCAACCGUCCAUAAAUUCAUUGACAGUCCAAAAAUAGGCCAGUGUCCAUAUUAUAAAGUAGAUGCAUUUUUUUGAAGCUUGUAAUUAUCAUGUUUACAGUAAUGCUGCUAAUGUGUAUCUGAGCUAUAGCCAUAUCUCAUACCUUCUUUAUUUUCCAGUUAGUAAAAAUAUUGGUUGUCCGUAAGAUAAAAGGAGGUCGCCGUACAUCGUUGGAGAACUCGUUCAGAGAACCCAGUAGCAUGUCUUGCCCAAUGUCCAUUGUAUCUGCUGGAAUAAAUUCACAUGUGCUCAGUGUCCCAGGUUUCCAUAUGCAGCAUGUAACUUAGAAACUAGCGAGAUGAUUGUGAUUUUCUACACUUCCACCCUAGCGUGCAGCAUGGACAUUGGGCAGUUCAUAAUCUGAGCUGACAGAAUGUUGUAAUUAGAUUCGUAUUUAUAAUGUGGUUCACGUAGUAAGGUUUAUUUGUCUUUCAACCAGGAACCAUUAGUGCUUCCAUUCCUAAAAACCAGUUUUAGGGUACAUGCAUUUUAAUAGAGGAGGAUGACUACUACACCCAUCAUUCUGUACCUAGAGCUUACAAUUAACCACUUGGGUCUACAACCUUUUGUGAAUGUGGUCUUUAUUUUUAGAAUCUAUUAACUGGAGUUUUUUUUGCUUUAUGUGAAGUCCAGAAGCACUGGAGAACAGUUGCUACAUUGCAGCUAUGUGGCUCCACUGAAUGCUGUCAUUAGAGAGUGCGUCUGACAUUUAUAGUUAUAAAUGACACUAUGGACUGUUACAUGUGGCAUCAGGUUAAUAGUCCCUAGCGUGUCUUGAUAUGAAGAAUCAUAUAAGUAGUGUUUGGUAUUUCUAACAGAUAUUAGAUCCCUCCAUACCCACCAACUAUGUGUUACAUAAGACCUUACAACCCCCAUCUGUUUGUGCCUAAGGAAUUUAUUAAUGCUGCAUGCUACUUCAGGUUUGAAGAUUGUAGUUGCUUCAUUUUCAUCUUCAUGUAUCCAUACCAUACCGAGAAAGCCAUUUAAUGUUCACAUACGAGCUGAUAAUAUCAGAGUCAUUCAGAGGACAUAAAUGUGUCAUCAAGCUCACGGAUUCUUGAUGGUAUUAUUGAAGCCAAGUUUAGCUUCAGCCUGGACAGGAUAGAUAAUCACAUUAGAUUUAUAUUGCACUCAAUAUAUCUCUGGCACCAGAUAAAUUGAAUUCUUGUGACAGAUUACGGUAAGCAGUAUUUCAUCAAUACUCAUCGCUUUUCUUUUGCAUCCAGUUGUUCUUCCAUUUUGUAACUAGUAAUGUAUUUAUCUCCUAAAUACUUCCUUAUGGGGGUUGUCCAAGCCCACAGCAGUAUUACUUAUGGCCCCGAAAGUGCCCAGCCUAAAGGGAAAAAAAAAAAAGCCACUUAACUAUUCACUGGUGCUGUGAUCUAUAUCUAAAGGUGCCUUCUCUACUGCUUCUGGUCCCUUGAGGACCAGAAGUGUGAUGUCCUCUCUUCGGUGAUGUGCUCCACUACAGCCACUCACUGACUGACCCCAGAGGUGACGUGUCUCCAAACAGCAUGUGACUGCUGAGGCCAUUAAAUGGCUGCAGUGGUGUAUGUGACAACGAACGGGGCAUCACAUUUCCAGGCCACAGAAUUUUUUUUCUUUGGACCGGGUAAAUUUGUUGUAGGGGUCAGAAAACAAAAAUCCUUAUGCCAGAACAUUCUUCAUGGAAAGAUUGUAUGUGUAAACCUGCCCAUCUUCUUUCCAGACAGUGAUGAACUGUCAUCUAAAAUGAUUGUUUGUUGUACAAUUUACCCAAUUAACAGUCGUAUUGGUGGAAAUGGUCUGUUUUGAUAAGAUUUAGGCUAAUAUGUAUAGUCUCCUUUACCGUCCGAGGCUGUAUGGCUUGGAAUACAGACCCAAGUUAGAUGAUAUAUUGCAAUUGUUACAGUAAGUGCUCAGAUUAAAGGCUGGAUAUAAACAGUUCUCAUGUACUGUAAAUUCAGCUACAUAUAUAAUUUAAACAAAAGACUACUAGUGGAUUACUAACUGAUAGCAGAAUGUGCAUUUUAUACUCUGGAGGAGGGCAGUAUCAUAUAUACAAAUUGCCCACAUUCUGUAGGUUAAUAUUAUAUAUACUAUGGCAUAUGCAGUGACUUACCAGUUGACUGGAAGGUGCUAUUUGACCAAGUCUAUGUUGGUUUCUAGUCGGAAUUUAUUUUUCCUUCCUUCAUUACUGUACUAGUACCAAUACUCAUUUGUCGUAUUUGAUAUAAUUAAUGUAUCUCAAGAUUUCAGAUCAAUUAAAUGAAAUAACACACCUCACAGCUCCGUCACACAAAUUCCUACAAAUAAUGUCAUUACCUAAAUUUGGUGUAACAUCAACUAAUCAUUUUUGGCCAUUUUUAAUAGUGAACCGAGGUAUCUGCACCAGAAACAAAUACCGUAGUUCUUUUUAAUGUUGCCAAUGCUGAGUUAAAAGAAAUUCCAGUUUUACCGAAUCUACCCCUAACCUAGAUUUAAUGUAUGUUUUACAUUUCCUCUUCUAAAAGAUUAUAUAAUCUACAUGUUUAAACCAGCUGCAUAAUAAAUUCCAAGAAUUUCUUGGAAUUUAAUUUCGAAACACAUUAGUGAAAUGCAUUCAAGUUCGAAAGACUGGCUUGUCUUGUUGGAAUUAGGGUGAGGCUUUUUAUGUCCCUUUUGUAAUGUUCUAAAACGCAUUGUCUUGUUCGUGAUUUAUGUGGAGCAGCAGAGCACAAGUAUCUUUUGUAUUCUGGCACUGAUUGUCUCUUCCACCCAUUUCCAGUCUGAUUCCUCAGCCUUCUCUUCUCUUAUAAUAUUAUUUCUUACAAACUGCCUUCCAUUCACAGCAAACAUUCAUCUGAUUUUGCAUGGCAUGGAAUUGAUCAUUGAUCGAUAUGUAUAUAUUGAUUAGUAGAGCUGCUAUUUUUUUACCUUUUAAAAAAUGCUUGAGGCACUUUCAGGCAGUGGCUGCGACUAUUACUGCUAAUUAGUACUAUUAGUACUCAAUGCAAGGGAUUGAGUUUUAAGAUAUGCAGUACACCAGCUGUUAAAACCACCUACCUAAUAUUGUGUAGGUCCUCUGACCCAUCAAGACAUGGACUCCACAAGACCUCUGAGGGGGUCAUUUCAGUUCAGUAUGUUAUGAGGUGGGUCCUCCUUAGGGUAUACUAUUGCCUUGAAGGUGUGUACUUGGUCUGCCACAAUGUUUAGGUAAGUGGUUUGUGUCAAAGUGACAUCCACACGAUUACUAAGACCCAUGGUUCCCUAGCAGAACAUUGCCCAGAACAUCACACUGCCUCUGCCAAAUUGCCUUCAUCUUAUAUUGUAUCCUGGUGCCAUCUCUUCUCCAGUUAAGCUACAUAAGCAUAAUGUGAAAGAAAGCACAAUUCAUGAGACCAAGCCACCCACAUCCAUUGCUCCUUGCUCCAGUUUAGUUCCUAAUUUCAGCUGCCCAAUCUAGGCAGUAGAUGCCCAAUCUUUUGGCGGUAGACAUAGGCACUCUGGAGGUCAACAUAGGCACUCUGACUAGUCUGCAGCAAUGCAGCUCCAUACAUGAGUGAGGUUGCCAUUUGAUCAAAAUGUGAGCCAAGAACCUCAAAGUAUAGCAACUAUGCUAUUUAAAAUAAUAUAAAUAUUACCUGUUUGCAUAUAUCUUAAAUCUUAAAUCUUACAUCUGUUGCAUCUUUGCAUUUUGUUUGCACUUGGUGCUCUGAUAUCUUUCUUUCAUAGCAAUUUAUGCUACAUUAGCUUUAUUGUGGGAUUGGACCAGACGGACUAGCUUUAAUCUGCACAUGCAUAAGUGACUCUAGGGCACCCAGAGUGUGCCAGACACAUCCAUUUUACAAGAGAAAUAGUAACACCCAGUUUUCAAUUUAUUUAAAAUGCAGAGUUAUAAGAGAAGAUGCUCCAUGGGAAACAGGCGUUACUAAGAGGAGGGUUUAAUGUUAUGACUGAUCUGUGUACAAUACAGUAAUAUAGUAUACUGAUAGAAUUACUAAUAUGUAGAUUGUACUGCUUUAUUUAUUGCUCUUUUAGAGAAGAUUUUAGGCUAGCCAUUGAAGAACUGAGAAGUCAGCAGUAGAAAAGGUUGUACUUAUACUAAUAUGUUACAGCAAGUCUAUAUAGUAAGAAACUGAAAAGAAAUGCUUUCCAUCCACAGAUAAAAUUAUUGUGCAACAGAGCAUUUUAUUAUUAUUUUUUAUUAUUUUUAUUGCAACUUUCACAGCAUUUGAUAACUGUUAAAUAGGUAUUUUAGGAAAUAAAUAUUGUGGACCUAUCCUCAGGAUAGGUCAUCAGCUUCUGAUGCAGUGGGGAACCCAAUCCCAACACCCCCACUGAUCAACUGUUUGCAGCCUCUUCUUUCUAUUCGAAGCACAGCGCUUAAUAGGGGCUUUGCUUGGUAUUGCAGCUCAAUCCCAUUCACUUGAAUGGGAUAGAGCUAUAUAAAGGCUAUCUAAACAAUGGAUGUGACAUCAUGAGCUUAAGAAGAAGCUGCCUUUUGAAACAGCUGGUCCAAGGGGUCAGAAGUCAUAUUCUACCGAUAAUGAUUAUCUAUAAUGAGUAGAGGUCAUUAAUAUUGGGAUCCUGGAAACCCCCUUUAAAGGGUUUCUCCAGGACUAAGCAGUUGAUUUAUCCUUAGGAUAGGUCAUCAGUAUUAGAACGGCAGGGGUCUCACUCCCAGAAACCCAGCUGAUCAGGUGCCGGAUACAGACACUGGAACUUCAAAGCUCCGUCCACCCUGUCUGGGGAUGGUUACAGUAGCGCUACUCCCAAUCAGGUGACAGCAGUCACAGUGCCAUAGUGCGACAUUAUGUAGAACAAAUAAAAUUUGCAUGCCUACUGUAUCACUGUUAGGCUCUGUGCCCGUGGUUCCAUGUAGCUGUCAUAUAUUUGGUGUUCCAGAAUCCCUUCGUCAGAGAUCAGGAAAAUCUUUGUAACUGAAAGUCUCAGAGGAUAGGAUCCGAUGCUGUCCUUGGCAUGAAAUAUAUAGCUAUAGUUGAAUUCUGCUGGUUUUCAGACCCUUCAGUGAAUUUCCAUUUUCUGUUCUUAUUACUCAUUUAAUGCAUUCAGCAUGUUACAUCACACUGUACAGAAACUUUAUCCAAACUGUAACCUUUUCCCAAGACAUUACAGUGUUACUACAGCAAACUGGAACACCAUCUAAAACACAUUUCUUAAGAAGUGCGUUAAUCUAAAUGUUUGGGAAGGAAAACCACAAGCACAAAAUAUGCAUACAGACAGGCGAAGGAGUAUUAAAAUCUUAUGAGCAGCCAACGUUCUUGUUUUCUUGUACUAAUUACUGUUUCUAAGCAAGAAGGUGUCAAAUCCUUGAAUUGGUUCAAGUUCACCUCUCUUAAAGGAGUUCUCAUCUGAGACAAUGAGAGCAUAUCGCUAGGAUAUACCCUCAUUGUCUGAUAGGUGCGGAUCCCAGCGGCUCGAGAACGGAGCAAGCCAAAGUGGUGGCUGGAGGAGGACCCCGGUCCGGCCACGACCAAGCGCUCUCCCCAUAGAAGUUAAUGGUAGACACAGUGCAUGACAGGCAACCACUCCUAUUCACUUCUAUGAGCCCGACGGGAAUAGCUUACCCAACCCUCGGCUAUUUUCGGCAGCACCAUAGAAAUGAAUGGUGCCGGAAAAGCACAUACACAGCCGCCCUUCGGACCCAUAGAAGUGAAUAAGAGUGGUGGCCCGUCAUGCACUGUGUGCUACCAUUAACUUCUAUGGGGAGAGCUCUUGGUGGUGGCCGGACCGGAGUCCUCCAGCCACCACUUUUGCCUGCUCAGUUCUGGAGCUGCACCUAUCAGACAAUGGGUGCAUAUCCUAGCGAUAUGCCCCCAUUUUUUCAGAUGAGAAUACCCCUUAAGGGUUCCAAAAGUAUGUGGGAUAUGAUGUUUGUUUGAUAUUGCAACAUUGUUUCACUGGAAAAACAUCCAGCAAAUUUCCCCUUUUUUUUCCCGGCCUGCUUUUUCAUAUAAGUAUGUAGAAUUCUUACUGUAAUUAUCAUGUGGCAUUUUAAGGAUUCUUGUGUAGGACUGCUUUACUCAUACUUUUUAUUCCAUUUGCUGUUAUGUUUUACAUUGCUUGACCAAAAGUGUAGAUGGUGGUUGUAAUUUAAAUGAAGUCUGUUUGUAAAUGUCGUAUUAUGCACCAAAUGGAUGUAAAUGAAUGAAAUAAUGUCCCAGCCUCUUUUGUGACUGUGAAAUAAGUCUUUUGUAGCCGGGAGAAAAAAAGUUUAGUACUUGAUUUUAUGUGUUUAGAAGUGUAUUUAAAGUGAUGCAUUUACAACAGGAAUAAUAAAAUCUAUCUAAGUUUUAAAAAUUAAGUACAAAAUAUAAAUGUAUAUAGCUAAA